CCAACUGAUCAUCGAUCUCCUUUCCCCGCCUCCUAUAAAAUGCAACGGCCAUCGAUCCAGAAUCCAUCGUCAAGUUCGACGCGAGGAAUCGAAGCAGCAGCAACAGGAACAAGCAUCCGCAGCAGCUUCACUACUUCAGGUUCGGAUUCGGGCUGUCAGCUAACUCGGCGAUGUCGAUGGUGCGGAGCGGCCACGUGUUCGACCCGCUGUCGCUGGACUUCUGGGCGUCCGCGGAUCCGCUCGGCGUCGUCCGCCCGCUGGCGGAGCAGUGCCCCGUGCUCACCAACGUGCGCGUGGACUGGAAGGAGACCCCCGCCGCGCACGUGCUCAGGGCCGACCUGCCGGGCGUCGGGAAGGACGCCGCCAAGGUCGAGGUGGAGGACGGCGGCGUGCUGGUCAUCAGCGGCGAGCGCGCCAGGGAGGAGCCCGGCGAGGGCGAGGCGUGGCGCCUCGUCGAGCGCAGCAGCGGCAGGUUCCAGCGCCGCUUCCGCCUCCCGCGUGGCGCCAGGCUGGACCAGGUGCGCGCGGCCAUGGAGGACGGCGUGCUCACCGUCACCGUGCCCAAGGAGGAGGCCAAGAAGCCGCAGGUCAAGACCGUCGAGAUCUCUGGCUGAACCGUCCAUCAGUUCGUUGGACGGCCAUGAACGAUAGCUUGAGUGAGGGCAUCUGGUGAUGUUCAUCAACUGCAAGUACGUCCUGUGUUGUGUCGUUCGUGUCGGUGUCUGAUGUAGCAGUUGGUAUGUAAUGUGUAGUGAAUGCACUUGUGUGUUUGUAAUUGCAGGCGUCCUGUAUAUGAUACGUGGAUACGAAUAAGCUGUUGAGCUUGUUGAGGUGGAGCUUUGCAGACUUGCAGUUACUCAUAGUCACUGGUUAGUCAAGUUACAACAGUGUACUGACUGCCAGCUUACUGAA